AUGGACGACCAUAGCGCAACGGUAAAGCGCAUCGCCGAGGUCGUCAAGGACCUGCACUCGCGCCAGAAGCCCUUCCGCAUCUUCCACGGUUCCACUAGCAGUACACGGCCCGCCCAUGGCCAGCGCGUCGUCGACAUCAGCGAGCUACGCCAUGUGUUACACAUCGACGCCGCCGCCGCUGUCGCCGUUGUCGAGCCGAAUGUCCCCAUGGACCAGCUCGUCGCCGCGACCUACCGUUGCGGCAUGGUGCCGCCGGUCGUGAUGGAGUUUCCUGGCAUCACCGUCGGCGGCGGCUUUGCCGGAUCGGCCGGAGAGAGCAGCUCCUUCCGCUACGGGUACUUUGAUGAGACCGUCCAGUCAAUCGAGAUGGUCCUGGCCAAUGGGGACGUCAUCAACGCGUCCGAGACUGAAAAUCCAGACCUCUUCAAGGGUGCGGCGGGGGCCCUGGGGACCCUAGGAAUCGUCACAAAGCUGGAGUUGCGGCUGAUCAAGGCCAAGAAGUUCGUCAAAGUCAGCUAUCACUCCUACUCAACAAUCCCAGAGGCAAUCGCCGCGAUCCAGCGCGAGACGAACCUGGCGCACAACGACUACGUCGAGGGUCUCGUCUUCUCGAGAACCAGCGCCGCGGUCGUGACGGGGCAUCUGACGGAUGAUCUGCCCGACAAAGGCCGGCCGCAGACAUUUAGCAAAUCCAAAGACCCCUGGUUUUACUUGCAUGCCCGGAAACGGAUCGCAAAUGGGACCCCGACGCCGGAUUACGUGCCACUGCAGGACUAUCUCUUCCGAUACGACCGCGGCGCCUUUUGGAUGGGAGAGUUGGCUUUCAAGUACUUUGGCUUCGUCCCCUUCAACAGAAUCACCCGGCGCGCCGUCAACAGGCUCAUGAACACGAGGACACUAUACAAAGCCGGCCUCGGUGGCGGUAGCCGCAUGACCUUCAGGUACUUGGUGCACGACCUCUCACUACCGUACACCACGGUCCAGGAGUUCAUCGACUACGUUGCGGACAACCUCGAAAUAUGGCCGCUCUGGUUGUGUCCCCUGCGCGCCAUCGAGUCACCCAGUUUUCACCCUUACACAAUGGAGCCCGGUGGAGAAUCAUCCCAGCCCAUGCUUAACGUGGGAGUCUGGGGCCUAUCGUCUAAAAAGAUCGACAGGUUCAUCCGCCAGAACCGCGAGCUAGAGGCAAAGCUGAUCGAGCUGGGCGGUCGCAAGGUCCUUUACUCCCACGCCUACUACACCGAAAAGGAAUUCUGGGACAUGUACGACAAGGACUGGUAUACGAGGCUACGAGAGCGCUAUAGCGCGACGAGCCUGCCCACUGUCUACGACAAAGUGACGGUUAACGUGAGCAGAGAACGGGAGAAGAAGUCUUUCAAAGACAAGGUUGCCGUAUCAUGGCCUUUUGCGGGCCUCGUCGGAGUUUGGUCUGCGAUUCGGAAAUGA